AUUGGAAUGCAGUACUAAAUUCGUUCACCAGAGUGCUCAAAAGCUCCGAAGCUUCGAAAGCUGUCUGAAAGAGUGUCUGCAGAACGAUGUCGAGCUUUUAACCGUUCGCCUUUCGUCUUCUUCUUCUUUAAUUUCAACUUCAUUUUCUUAUUUCUUACGUAACACAAUCACACAAAUCCAACGUGACAUUUAAGACAUCCAAACAUAAUUCUUUCUUUCGCGAAGAUUCAAAAACAGUUCCAGUUAAUCUCGAAUUAUCGAGCAAUGACCGAUAUAGAGGCAGCAUGCACUCACUCUCCAUAACUAUAUCGAGCAACAUAAUCAUUGAAUACACUCGUGCACCUGCCGUCCCUCCCCGUCGAACGCAAGUUAUCUGACAGCAAUCAUCUCGUCGUUUAGAACGUUUUAUGCUGACGAAACUGACAGCAGGCACGUGUGUCAUCAAGUUGAAAAGAGUCAUCGUUUAAGAGCACAAUUACUGAUGUCUAAUGUCAAGGUCGAAUUUUGAAAGAUGUUAAUAAUCAAAGAGAAGUCGACCGUUCGAGUUAUUUAAGACGACUAGCGUUUUUGCGGUUCGUCUAUCAAAUCUCUCUGAUCACGUAUACGCAUGUAGGUUCAAAUAUGAUACAUAUGCAUGAAUACGCUCACAUUGAUAAACGAAAUUAUCAUUGCCUAGUCAAUUACUGAAUGGAACAAUAGAGAAAUAUGUAUAACUACUAGCCAGUUCUUCGCAAUAUGGACAGAAAGAAAAGAACUGAGGAAGAAAGAGGUCAGCAAAUGACUUGUAUACGUCACAUUUUCCACUUCUCUACAACAUAAGUUCAUUGACAUUUAAAGCCAGUUUUGCUGCAGACUCUUGAGAAAUAUGUACAUCAGUAAAUGUACGUCCGCUCUUCCACGGAGUAACGGAUCGGAGUAAACUUUGCUCGAGACUCGCUGUUACCAUUGGAGUUACUACCGAUAUAUUACGAAUUGAAUGUUCUUAACAUUCUUUUACCAAGGAUUUGAUUAUCGUACUUUUUUACUAUAAUGACUACGUUUGUUUUAUCGUUCCCAAUAUUUCGAAUGGAAGUACUCACUAAAUACGACGUAAAGUAAUCUACUUUACGUAUUGCAAGGACGGCGAGCUUUUCUGUAUUAAAAAAAGAAAAAGAUAUCUUGACAGAGUCUUUAGUUCGUCAAGCCCGUCAGUUGUACGGUAACGGUAGAACAAGACGGUUUCGAAACGUUUCUCUAGAAUCGAUUCGCUUACUAUCGAUUAUACUUUCAACGAGAUGGCGAGUGUCGAUAAUGAUUUGGAGGAGCUUAUGGGGCAUCUCGGAGAAUUUGGGAGAUAUCAAUUCUGGCAAUUCUCUUUACACAUCGUUGGAGCUUUGACUGCUGGUUUACAUAUGUUAACUUUAUUGACUGUUGCUGCAGUACCUGCUCACAAAUGCGUUAUACCAGCCAUCAAAUCCACUCUCAUAGAUACAUUAAACGAUUCGUUGGUUGUAGCGAACAUAAAUAACACGAUCAUUAUAUCAGAGCCAUUGGACACUUGUAAUUAUCUGGACGAAUUUAACGUAACAAAGAAGUGCGAAUUUUGGACAUAUGACACGGAAUAUUUCAAAUCGUCACGUGGUAUGGAGUGGAAUUUUGUUUGUUCGCGUAGAUGGAUGGGUGCAAUGGCACAGUCGGCAUAUAUGUUCGGUGUGUUUGUUGGUGCUGUAACCUUGGGUAGUCUCGCCGAUAAAUACGGAAGGAAGAUAAUCUUCUACGUCUCCGCGGUAUUGCAACUGAUACUCGGUACCAUGGUCGCUUUGGUCAACGAGUAUUACACUUUCCUUCUCGUGAGAUUCCUCUACGGUAUCUUUGGCUCAGCUGGCUCUUAUAUAACCGGAUUUGUACUGACGAUGGAACUGGUGGGCGCCUCAAAGAGGACUAUCUGCGGCAUAAUGUUCCAAUUCGCUUUCGCAACUGGUUUUAUGUUAGUCGCUGUUUGGGGUGCUCUGAUUAAGGAUCGAACCUGGUUACAAAUAAUUUACGGACUACACAGUGCACUAAUGCUAGGACACUGGUGGCUCAUGGACGAAUCCCCAAGAUGGUUAUGGGCUCAAGGCCGAGCUAAGGAGGCCGUAGAAAUCGUGAAGAGAGCCUUAAAGAUGAACGGGAAUAACGUGAACUUGAAGAGCGGAAAAUUUCUUGCAACUUCGAAGAUAAAGCAUAACUCCGAAGAAGAUAAAACUCAUAACGGAUUUGAUUUAUUGAAAACUCCAAAUCUUCGAAAGAAAACCUUGAACGUAUGCCUCAACUGGUUCGCCAAUUCGAUUGUUUAUUACGGCUUAUCUUUGAAUUCUGGAAAUCUUGUAGGCAAUCCUUAUUUAAUGCUCUUCUUGAGCGGCCUUGUCGAGCUGCCAUCGUAUGUUAUGCUAAUAUUUCUGAUGGAUCGUACUGGUAGAAGGUGUCUCGUCAGUACAUUCAUGUUAGUCGGCGGCCUUUGCUGUAUAUGUGCAGCUUUCGUCCCAAAGGAGGACAAUAUUGGAGCGACAGUGACAGCUGUUAUAGUAUUGUUCGGUAAGGCCUGUAUCGCGGCAUCCUUCGCAGUGAUCUACAAUUACACGGCCGAACUAUUUCCCACGGUAGUGAGGAACACGGCCCUUGGUAUUGGCUCCAUGUGCGCUCGUCUCAGCGGUGCCCUAACGCCAUUGAUCAUGCUCUUAGAUUUUCUAGAUCCGAAAGUACCAGCCACGUUGUUUGGUUUGGUAGCCUUGGCCUCUGGCUUCCUAGCUCUUUAUUUACCAGAAACCGUAAAUCAACCGAUGCCAGAGACAAUCGAGGACGGUGAGAACUUCGGUAAACACGACACGUGCUUCACCACCUGCCUUGGCGAUAGAAAGCACCAUUAUGUCGACACUUACGAAGUCACUCUUGAUCAAAUGACCGAUAAAGAGGAAAAAGACAAAUUAAAUGAAACUUAAUGUUGAACUGCAUUUAUAUAAAUUCUAUUCAACGCAUUUAAGUUUUCUUAUCAUCGUUUCUUUUCUCACGAAAAAUGAAUCUUGCGAUAAGGCAUCAUAAACUCGUCAUGCCAUUCUCAUAAAAUCAUGUUAGCUUAAGAGUAAUAAUUCGAAACUUUGAUCGGAAUCAUGUCGUAUAAAGAAACACUUUCUCUCAUUCAUCUCAUAACAUCUUAAUUGGAAUUUAAUGGACGUAUAUUGAUUACUUUGUUUGAUAAAAUCAUUUGGAUUUUAUAUUACAUCGUUCUACAAUGCGUAUAUGAUACGUGUGAAUGAACGCGUAUAUAGCAUGGUCUUUUUAAGAUAAUCAAUGAGAAUAACUAAAGUGCCUUUUAUCUAAUGACAAUCCAAAUUCGUUUUUAUUACGAUUAUAAUAACGUUGUAACCGUCCUUUUUCUUUUCAUAUAAAUCAAAUAAAAUAUGAACAAAAAAAGGAGGGGUUAUCAUUGAAAUUAUGUUCGACGAUGCGACUUGCGAAAAACCGGUUUGGUUGGUUUUCGAAUAUUCAAAUUGGGACCACUAUUGUUGUUGUUUUCGCAUAAUUAAUUUUUAGCGCAAUUCUAAUGACACAUAGCGAUCUAUAAAUAUAUCUGUACACAUACAUACAUAAUAUAUAUACAUAUACAUUUAAUAUAUUUUUAUUAUCAAUAUAUAUGGGAGCAUGUCAAUUUCUCAAGAUAGAUUUUUAACAAAUUAUAUAUAAUAACAAUCAAUCAAGAUCGACUUUUAAUAAAUUACGAAGCAUGCGAAU